ACUGGUGAGCCCUACCUAUCCGCUAGGAGGAGAGGAGACGCUGCUGAGGAGCAACACAACAACAAUACAGCGACUACUACAAACCACAUCAGCGGAGUUCGCGGUCUGCACGCCGGAGGAGUGAGGAAGACAGCGGCCGUCGCACCUGGCUCCGAGAGAACCCACAGCCAUGUAUCUGAACAGGGAAGAGGACAGCGGCAAAGGCUCAGUGUCCCUCAGUGUGUUCCUGGUCUCCCUCGCAGUGACAGUGUGUGCUGUUUGGCUGGUGGCUCUUUGUGGCGUCUGUGGUUGGUGUCAACGCAAGCUGGGGAAGAGGAAUAAGCCUGGAGUGGAGACAGCAGACACUCCAGACUCAGCACGUGGGCGAGGGGAGAAGAAAGCCAUCAAUGAUCUAGACAGAGACUUUUGGAAUAACAAUGACAGCAGCACAGUGCAGCAGAAGUGGAGCUCCUAUCCUCCCAAGGAGUUCGUACUAAACAUUUCUCCCUAUGCUCAAUAUGGAGAUCCUCGCCUCACACUCAAUGAGGGGAAGAUGGUGGUCCUGGCUUUGGCCAUUGGUGUGGCCGAGCAAGAUGACUUUGCCAAUAUCCCUGACCUGCAAGAAACAGCGCAGGCAGCACCACCGGCCAAUCAGGAGCCCCCUCCUGAGAAGAGGGGCAACAAACCAGCUAACAGCCCCAAAGGCCAACCCCCUGAUGCUGACGGUCACUCCUCCGUAACCGACCUGGCCAAUUCUCUCACCGGAGACAUGGUGAUGUUGUCCCCUGGUUCGGAGGAUGAUGACGGCGAAGGCCCCAUCAGUGAGAAGCUGGGCCGGAUCCAGUUCAGCAUAGGUUACAGCUUCCAGAACACGACUCUCACUGUCAAAAUGCUCAGGGGCCAGGACCUGCCGGCAAAAGACUUCUCUGGCACCUCCGACCCCUUCGUCAAGAUCUACCUGCUGCCUGACAAGAAGAACAAGCUGGAAACCAAGAUCAAGAGGAAAAACCUCAACCCCCACUGGAACGAAACCUUCCUUUUUGAAGGCUUCCCGUAUGAGAAGGUUAGAGAGCGCACUCUCUACCUUCAGGUGUUGGACUAUGACCGCUUCAGCCGGAACGACCCCAUCGGAGAGGUGUCGAUCCCCCUCAACAAGGUGGAACUGGGCCAGAUAAAGACUUUCUGGAAGGAGCUCAAGCCCUGCAGUGAUGGCAGCGGGAGACGAGGAGACCUGCUGCUGUCACUCUGCUAUAAUCCCAGUGGCAACACCAUCACUGUGAACAUCAUCAAAGCCCGCAAUCUCAAAGCCAUGGAUAUCGGGGGUACCUCAGAUCCAUAUGUGAAGGUGUGGCUGAUGCACAAGGACAAGCGUGUCGAGAAGAAGAAGACGGUGACGAUGAAGCGCUGUCUGAACCCCAUAUUCAAUGAGUCCUUCCCCUUCGAAGUGGCCGCCCAUGUGCUGAGGGAGACCACCAUCAUCAUCACCGUCAUGGACAAGGACAGGCUCAGCCGCAACGACGUUAUUGGCAAGAUCUACCUAUCAUGGAAGAGUGGACCGGGGGAGGUGAAGCACUGGAAAGACAUGCUCGCUCGGCCGCGUACGAACGUCGCCCAGUGGCACGCUCUCAAGGCCUGAUCGAGCAACCCAGCUUCCUCCAUGCCCUUGCAUCUCCUGCCGCCCCCCUCCUCCUCCUCCCUCCUCCCUCCUGCCUCCUGCCUCCCUCCCCCUCCUCCUCCCACUCCCGUCCUUAUGCACAAGACUGACUUGCUGCCAGGCUGCAAAACACGGGUACAAUUAGCCAUCUGCUCUCUUAAACCUUUAAACUCUUUGCUUUCAAAAUCUCUAUUCCUAUCUGAAAAUUCUCUCGCUCUCUCUCUCUCUUCAUUUGUUCCUUCCUCUCAUGUACGGCCGGGUCCUUGAUUUAAGCCUCUCACCCUUUUCGUCGAUGGCCCCCCUGUUUCUGACUGUCUGUAUGUCUGUCUGUCCACAUGCACUCUGCCUGUGGAGGUCUCAUAUGUUCCGUUUCUUUGUCGACCCCUUGGUUCUGAACUGCACUGCAGCCCCCUGACUCAUCAAGGUGCCAGUCCCGUGGGAUCACAGAGAAUCUUAUUAAAACCUAAUCUCAUAUAAUCCUACUGUAUUGACUAUUCCAGCUACACAUAUAUACAUAAACAUACUAAUCUCAAUGGCGUUAUAGAUUGUCAGAACAACCCCCCCCCCCCUAAAAACAGUAGUAAAAAGUAUGUUAUCCAUAGCCUUUCUGCAGUUUCUCAUCCCUCCCCUCUCUUCAUUCGUCACCUCGUUCUUGUCAUCUUUCUCAAGUGAACUAUAUCCUGUCCUCCAUUUCUGUCCUCCCUCCUUUUACUCAAAAGUGGUUUAAUGUUCAGCUGAAGUUGUCAGAAGCAAUCAAUACUCAGUUUGUGAUGCAACCAGCUGAACUCGGAUGGAAUUGUUGAUACUGCUCUCUCUAUCUCUCCCUCCCUCCCCCUUUUUCUUCUCUAUUAGCUUCUUCUUUCUUUCCCCCUUAUUGUUCCCUUUUUCUCUUCCUCUGGCACAAUAUUAGCGAACCCCUCCUCGCCCCCUUUUUGGACCCCCACCCCCUCGUCGUCAGUGUGCUGUGGGUGCUGUGCCGUAGCUCCAACAAAAAUAGAGAUUAAAAAAAGAAAAUACUAAACUAAACUGAAACUUUCCGACGUUUGGAAAGCGGGAACACAACAAACUCGUGAAAAGGAUCGCUCCUGAUUUUUCCAGACAAAACGGCCUGACAUGGAGAGAGAAAAAAGAAGAUGAAGAACAAAAAAAAGUGACCAAGAUACGAUGAUGUCAUUUUUCACAGCAUCUCCAACUGAGGAAACAAAUUUAAAAUAUUCUUCCACUCUUAAGAUCGAAGCAGAAGCAAAAAGCAGAGUUUGAGCUGUUGGUGCACAUGUGUGCUCACUUCAGUCUGUUUAUUGAUGCUAUGAAUUCUCUGUGCUGCCGUGUGCUCUGGCUUUGUGCUGACGGGGGUCGAACUCCAGCAGUUUUGACCUGUGUGGCUGCCUUACUGCGUGUGUUCAUGUGUGUGUGGGUGUGCGUGGGUGUGCGUGGGUGUGUAUGUUCACGGGAACAACAUAAUUCUGACUCGGCAGAAAUCUUCUUCUCUUUUCUCUUUCUCAUCUUGCGCUCUUCUUGCUCUUCUUAUACUGCCAUUGUUUCCCCAACCUCUUUUACUGUCCUGCCUUCUAAAUGAGGGGAAGUUCUAUCUGCACUUUUUGAAAAUGUAAUAAUAAUGAUAAUGGUUUUGAUGUUGGUUAUAGUACUGGUAGACAUGAAGGGUGGAGUAUCUGAGAGGGUGAGGGAGAGGCGAUGUCUGCUCUGUGAUUUCAGGGUUUGGAGAUGGAGUGGGGGACACCGAGGAGGGAUGUAGGGCUCUCAUCCUCCUCUCUUUUCGUUCCUCUUGUUUUCCUUGGUGCACCUGUGUACAUGUGUCUGCGUGUGUGUUUGUAUGUGAGCUACCAGACUCCCAGUGGCAGGCUAUUAGUGUCUGAAAUGUCAGACCAGAAUGGAGAGAUCAGGCCCAUCUGCUUGUCAUGUGGGGCCGGCCCACACUACAGUGUUAUUACACAAUGUGUUGAUCAACAGCAGGCCCGCUCUGAGCGCUCAGUGUCCGUGUCUGCCCACGAUGCUGAGCAGGAGCCGAGUGUAGAUGUGAGAACAGGGAGACAGAUGUGCAGUUUGGCUUUAACGCAGGAAGAAAAAACAGGAUGACAGGGCCUCGUCUGAGUUUUAGUUGUUGUUCACAGAAACUAUGAACAACGGCGUGUCACACACAGUGGUUGUGAUAUUAGAUGAUGGUCUGCUCUGCCAGUGUGAGACGCUCCCUGAGUGUUUGACAGCAGCACAGAGAGCCCUGGUGCCGGUGCCCGUAAAUAAAACAAAAAGCAGCGACGCGACUAUUGUCAGUUAUCAAGAUCCUCUCACACAGAUGUUUGCUCCUUCGUCGUCUUACUUCUGACUGAGUGUGUUUUCACAUUCAUAAAAAUCUGUGAAGCAUAAUAAUCCAGUCUCCUCGCUGUUUUUCUUAUUUUCACUGCAGUGACUUUGAUUUUAUUUCUAAAUGAGCAUCAUCCUUUCAAACAUCUCUCAGGUUUACUCUGAGCAAUUAAAAAUAAUCAGUUUUGUGUGAUUCACUGGUUCUGUUAAUACAGUGUUGGUUGCUCCUACUGACUCUGGCCCCAUCAAAAUCUGCAGGUCCUGCAGUGGAUUUAAUCUUCUCUUAUCUAGUAAUAAUUUAAUAGUAUCCUGUGUCUUUGUGCUCGUUUUGAUUUAUGCUAAUGAUAACCCAAUCACCUCGAGACAAAUUGAAAGAUAGUCUAAUCUUCACAGGGUUUGUCCUGUGUGCUAUGCUGUGAGUUUAUUUUGGGCGGAUGUGCUUCAUGUAAGCCGCGGCGCUGAUGUAAAUGGGCCUGACCACUCAAACCCCUUCACAGUUUUAUUACACACACAUAUCCAUACGGUGCAUCUACGGGAAGCACUUUUUCUAUGUUGCAUGUAGAGAUCUUGAGAACAGAGAGAAGUCAUUAUAGCUGAUCACAGCAAUAACUUCAUCGGUCGCAUUCGAUUGCUUCUAGAAGACCGAUUGAACAGACUUUGGUAUCUACUGAUCCGGUCCAGCACCCUUCAGAACAAUUGGCCAGCCAUGGAACAGGGCACACUGUUUUGACAAGCCCUGCCUGCAGUGUCACAGCACAUCACUGUGCCGUGAGGUGGUCAGAAAGGAGCAAUAUCUGCCUCCUCGGACCGGUGGGACCCGCUGUGUUCAGGGGACAAACCUUGCUUAGAAUAAUACAUGACACGAUGAUCGACAGGGAUAAAAACUCAUCAGUCGAAAUGAGGAAAAUAAUCAGUGAGUGAUCGUAGUGGAAGCGGUGAAAGCCGAACCUGGUUUGAAUAAGCAGGUGUGCAGGUGAUGAGUCAACACAAUGCGUCCGCCGUUUCCUUUCACCGAGAUUACAUCUUGCUCAAGGAGUGAUAAAUUGUUAUGCUAAGGGGGUUUACAGUGCUUUGUCAUCAGUGACCCUGUAAGCUGGAGGAUAUGGUUUAUUUUUAGUAACACGCAACACAGUGUGAUGCCUCUGAUCCUCCAGGGAGACUGGGCACUGGGAGGGUACAGGGUUGGGCUUUUAAAACUUAUAACACCGGGAGCUUUUGAGUCCUGAUCAUUGUAAUUUUCAUUCUUAAAAGUUCUCCAAAAGUUCCUCAAUGGGCCGGUUAUCAAAUAAUUAGCCCUUUGGGCGAAGGCAGGUAGUUACUGAGCAAACUGUUACAAUGCAAAUGUGCUUCUUAUGUAAAAUUUCUUAACCUCUUUUGUUUUGUUGACAUUGGCUUUUCUGUCCCAUUGUUUGAGCUCCCAUAGACCCAAGUGCUAAGUGAAAUAAUGAUAAUCGCUAAAUCCACAUUUUCCUUUACUACUGACCUUAUUAAAACUUUUACAAAUAUUGAGUAUAUUCAUAUUUUCUUCUUGAAAGUCAUUAACCAUGUUAGAAAUGUACAAAAUAGUAUCAUACAAGGCAAAGUGACCUAAGUUAAGGAAGAGGUCUAAAGAAGAGGUCGCCUUCAAAACAGACGCGAUGCAUCAUUUUUGAUAAUGCGAUCAGUGCAAAUCACAUUUAUAAGCUUUUCUUAUUAAAUAACAUUUAAUGAAGAGUCAAACUCAUAAAACGAUGUAAGCAGAUGUUAAAGAGAACAUUAAAAAGGACUCCGUACUUUGCAAAUAGUAGUUCUGCAGUUACCUACAACUUAUCAUACAAAGAAUUUGUUUAUCUAAAAAGACAAAAUCAGUCAAGUUGGGCUGAAUUUCAAAGCUUCUCUAUAAAAGUCACUAUUACCUCUAAAAACAGCCAGAAAUACAGUGUAAUGUGACUGUAACACUGCCAAUCCUGGAAUAAGAUACUAAUUGAAGUCACACUUUAGGAAACCGAGUGUGUCAGAGCUGCAUUAAAAUUCAUCACCAGAGUCCAGGAAGUUCCACACUCCUUAGAAUAACCAGCAGUCACUCUGCAGCUCCAUUAAAACGGAUGGUGAGCUCAGAGCCAAACAGUAUAAAGGAGAAAGCAAUUUCCAAAUCCCACUUUUAUUUUACUGCCACCUGUCUCACACCUCGGAACUUAUUGCAUUUUGUUGGCAGCAACAGUGUCAGCAAUGACCUUCAACAAUCCCUGGCUCAUGAAUACAGCGCGGUGGUGGCGGCGGUGCAGCUACUCCCAGUAAGGGCUGCUGUCAGACGAGGUGCACUUCCUCUCCUCGUGCUCCGCCCCUGCUCCGUCUACCAUCAUCGCUCCGCUCCCUGGCGAAGCCAACUGGUCGCUGCAGGUGUGGGUGAUAACUGGGUGAUUACCGAGGUUUAAUUCACAACGGCACACGCAGACAACACUGCCCACAACUUUGCCCCGCACACAGGCUCUAAAAAAACUAUUCACUUUGCCACUUAAAUGAAAUUGAUACCUAUUGUAUAUGUUAUUUUCCAAACUUGUCUUUCAAUCUGGAGAGUAUCAGAACACUUUUUGAUUUAAAUUGUCCAAAUUUCUUAUUAUUAGAGGCUCAUUUACUUAUUUUAUAGUCAUAUGUAUAGUCACUUGCCUCUGGGGGUAGGAUAUGUUGAUUUCUUUGUAACAUUUACAUCAGUGUGAUAAAAAACAACCUAAAAUGACCAUCAUUGACAAAAGUUUUGGACUUUUUAGUUUGGUCAAUGUCCCAUCCACAAACAUGGUGCAGGCAGGGUUUGUGAACUCUACAGCAGCCAGCCACCAGGGGGAGAUCGAGACACGGCUUCAGUUUUGCGGAUCAGUCAUAUCGUCCAUCUUUAUAUAAAGUCUAUAGUUUGACCAAAUACCUGAAAAACGAAUGACAUUCCCAUCGGCCUCAGCUGCAUUUAGAACUAGCUGACAGAUGUUAGCCUGCUAGUAUGCUUAAGACUCUUACUCCAUGCAUAAAACUUUAUAUUCACCUGGACUCCCAUCUUCUCUGAGAUGUUUAUUCCUCCGUGUUCUCCCAAAUGAAUCAUUGUCACCAGAAGCCUCCUCCUCCUCUGUUUGCUUUCUAAAUAAGUAAAAGCUUUAUUGGCUGAUGGGGUCACACCAGUUUGCCAAGGGAUAAGUAAGAUAUUCUUCUGAGCUUGAUGAUAUUGUGUGUCCUUGUCGCAUGCUCUGAGACACUUUCUUUCUCUUCACUAGUUUUCCCUGAUGGCUAUGGCUUCCUCAAGAUGAGCGUCAAUGACUCACUCUAUUGAAAAGGUGCCUGCUUUGCAGUAGUUUGGGCGAUAUUGAAUUAAGGGUACACUGUGCUUUAUGGGAGAACUUCAGGUGUUUGACUGUGUGUGUGUGUGUUUUAAAAUCAGGCUGUAGUAAUCUCAUCCCAGUGGGACUGCAGUGUAGCUUUUAUUCUGCUGAAUCAUCUUAUGACAGCGCAGGCAGCCCACAAGUGUCCCGGGUCACCUUUGUCAUGUGCCCGGUCCGUCCUGUGAGUCUCGCCCUGCGCAGACAGACCUCGCCUCCUCCAACCACCCUCUCCAUUGUUUUAAGCAUCUGGUGAAAACCAAUGUGACUUCUCCCAAUCAGGGUUCAAGUGAGCAUUCUUUGAAUGGUAACAAAAUGAAUUUGAAAGACAAUAAGUAAUAAUAUAUAUUUUUUUCCUUUUUGUUCACAUUUGACUGUUGGUCAGUGUGUACGUAUGUGUGUGCGUGGUGUUCUUGUGUCGGGUUUAUUCUUUACAAAAACGUGAUAAGAAACUCCUUCUGUUUUUGAAAGACUUUAUGUAAAUAUCGUUGGUGAAAAAUGACGUUUGUUGUAUGCCGAGUUUGUUUUCAUUUGUCACUUGAAAUGAUAAAGAAAACAAAGAUAUCCAUGAAUAACAGUGGUGAUGUUGAUGAUGCUGAAUCUGAUUAUAACUGCCCUUCUUGAAUAAGGGCUUUUGAUGUCCGCUGUAUAUUUGUUGGAGGUGUUUGAGGUUCGGGGCAAGAGAAACAAAGGGAAGGAGUGAUACCCGACACAUCCCAGGUCCACUGUAGCAACACUGCCACAUGCCUUCAUACCCUUGACCCCAUCCCACCUGUCCCAACCUCCCAACACACAAACACACUCACACACACACACUUCCAGGAAAGAGACGUAGCCUGGGUCAUUUACGUCCUAAAAGCCUCCAUGUACUUUAUUACAAACAGAGUCUUCGCUGGCUGUGUGAGGAAACUGGUCACCUCCCUGUGGAGUCUCUCUGCCAUGGCCGACUGGCAUCACAUCUCACCCUGUCUGCUUACCGGCUUGGGGAUUUAGUGUAAUGCCAUUGUGUUAGACGGGAUUGGCCCUCUACUGACACUGAGGAUGCCUUCCAUUGAAUUUGAAGUAAUUAUUGCUCAGCUGGAGGCCAGACAUGGGGACGGACAGGCACGUAUGGAGGAGGGAGAGGAGCUCAAAGUGAGAGAACAUACAUCAUCCAUCUGAUCUGAUACAGUAAAGACAAUUUGCUUGCUUGUAUUGGGGGUUGGACUCCGGAUUAAGCACCGCUCACUGCUGUGAACUUGCACCAUAACUGGUCCGUUUCUGGCUCCAGAUAUUUGUAAGAACUCCUGAAAGUAGAACACAGGAUUAGACUGGGAACCACCACAUGCCUGAAAAAAUGAGGGAGAAUAACAUUGAUCUUUCUAAAUAACUUAAGUAGGCCCUUUGCUGUCUCAACACUCUUUUAACCAAAAUGGUAAAACUGCACCAGGGCUGCAGUCCAGUUAUUUUCCCUCUUUUCUAUAUGCCACCGCCGUAUGUAACUGGCUGGGUCUGCAUACGGUGCAGGGAGGGAGCUUAUCAAUUUCAUAUUACUUUUUGGACCGUCCCUGCUACAGAUAUGAUACAGUACAGCAGAUACUCCCAGCAGCCGUCUGCCGGAAGGACAGGGGAUACUGUCCCGCCUUUAUUUGUAAUACCAUCCUUUAGGGGGAGUCUCACAGAGUCCGAAAAUACAAACACACACACACACACACACACACACACACACACACACGCACACAGUCUGCCAUUUAUCGAUGCACUGAAAUCAAAUUCUUACUAUUUUCCCCAAAUCCAGACCCUUCAGAACACUUCUUACGUUUCUUGCUGGUUGUAAAUAGUCUUUGUGAACCUGUUAGAGCAGCCUCUAACUCCUGCCAUAAUGUGGAUAUUUUUGAUCAGGUAGGUAAUAAGCAAUACACUAUAAUUGAUCGUAUAUACGCCAUACUUUGAACUAUUACUUACAGAGUCUGAUUGUGACUCCUCUUGCAUUAUGGGAUGUCGAGGGUAGCACUCCUGUUUCUUCACCUACUUUCUCGGCUUGCCAUGGGGCCCACCUCUUCAACAAAGAGUGCUCUAACUCAAAAACACACAAUUGUGAUGUGUACAAUCUAAUUUAAUGUAUUUAUUUAUGUAUUUUUGCCAACUUUGUAUAGUGUAUAAAUAUCUAUAAAUAUAUGAAAAAAAGACAGUACUGUAUAGAUUUUAGCUGCCUGGUAAGGUUAAUAGUAUAUACUUGGUAGACUAAAAGAAAAAGCGUAGAGCUGUUCAAAAGCCAGUUAUUGAGACAAAAUGCUUUCUGUAAAACCUGGUGCCACUGGCUCUUUUUAUAUUCUAGGUUUCGUUUAUGGUUCAUUUUUUUUAUUUUUAUUUAUUUUUUUAUUCCAGCCAGUGGGAUCCAAAGUGUGUGUUGUUCUUCUUUCCGUCCGUUUCUUUGUUGAUCGGUUGGUUUGUUGUUUUUUCUUGACAAGACACAGCGAGGUUCUGGCAGCCAGGAGAGUGCAGUGGAACGCAGACUGGGACCCUGUGCAGUAGUGUGCGCGUGUGCGUGUGUGUGUAAUAGGUGUGCGUCCGUCCAUAGUAGUGCUAGUGCUCUCUGUGCAGUGCCUCCUCCCUCCCUCGCUCCUCCCUCGCUCUGAUGUAGUAAGUCAUGUGACGCAGUGCGUGUUAAGGUGCAGAAUGACUGUGUUUGCUCAAAGCUGGCAGAUGCCCUCUCUCUCUCUCUCUCUCACACUCUUUUUUUGUCUCCCCCACCACACUAACACCCGGCUUCUUCAUCACACCGCUUCAGUUUAAUCCUCCACCAAGUAUAGAUUUCCACUUCCUCCGCUCAAUUGUUCAUUUACUCUCCCAUUCAGCUGGCAAUGCGCACACCACCAUUCUUAUUUCCCAGUAAUCCAUGCUUCCCCAUCUAUCCCUGAUUCCUUGCCCAUUAGCAGCUCUCAUCCAUCACCCACCACAUUACCACCCUGUUUAUCUGCAGGACUCUGUGGACCAGAGAACGAUUUAGCACAGAAAAAGGAGAAUGGAUCCAUGCCCCUCAUCCCCGGUCACACCUUCACGCUUUCCUUGUUUGUCUGUACGGACUCAGAGGAGACGGGCAGCUGCCGGCUCUGCCCACACAAACACAAAGCAGCCAUAUUCAGAAGUCAAGCCCAGAGCUGUGACUCAAAUCUUUGUUGUGGUGGCUUCACUGCUGCCCUGUUUGUAGCAAGAGAAAAGCCUUAAAGAUCGGACCAACUACACACAAAAAAGUAGUGGGAUAGAGCAUUUGCAGUGGACUAUUAUUACCUUCCCUUUCCCACACCAGAUUUAUUACUCAGUAGUCCGAUGUGUUGCUUGGUUGCUCUGUAUAUAUCUGUGUAGUACUUCUGUUGAUGUCCUAGUAUUAGGAUAGUAAUGGGUUCUUACUGGGUGUCCUCCGCAGACGUCCUCCUCCUCCUGCCUCCCCUCACAUUUCCUCCAAAACUUCAAACAUUCCAUCUGAAUCUCAAGCGAGAAGCGUUUUUGAGAUGAUUAGACUUCACGUUGGCUGAGAGCAAAACAGCAGAAUGACUGAACCACAGGUGUUUCCACAGAAGCCAUGAGAAUAAUCUAGAAGUCAUGUCCCUCUGAGAACCGUAAAACCCGAAAACUUGACUCCACACUCAGCGUGAAGACCCCCACGCGCGCCCCUUUGCUCCUCCAACCCACCUCCACACUGACUACACCCGGCCUCCCAGGGGGAAGAGAAGGGUGAGGUAGUUGAGGAGGUGGGAGAGCCCCGGGAGGCGGCAGAGAGGCGCGGUGCUGUCGGUCACAUCCUGGGUCAGGAGGGACGGGAAGGAGGGCGUCUCGAGGUCAAACCCAGUAGCGCUUUAGUUUUGCGUUCCAUGUUUUUUUUAGCCUCUCCUGUUUUUUGGCCGAGCGGACUGUGAUCUUACUGGUUGAUUUUCUCGUUCUCCUCCACCCACCAGUGUUACAGAGUGUGUUGGGUGGACGGAGCCAUGGAGCUGAGCUCUGAUUUUGUUCCAUAUUAAAAAAUAAUUUUUACUACA